AUGGGAUCACUCCUCAUCAAGUUUUCUUUCGAAGAAAACGAGCUGGAAUCUUCUCAAAAUCUCUCGAUUCAAUGCGUCAAUGAAUUCGUUUGUAAAGUAGAAAAUCUCGAGGAGAUUCUCGAGAAAAAUCCCCAUCCAGAACAAUUAAAUUUGACGAUUCACGCGAAAUUCGUCGGUGUCACACAUUUGAAUGUUAGCCUUGGAAAAAGCGGCUCUGAUACCUCGUACAAGUUGCGCCUUUUGCGAUCCGAUUGGGAGCACACGAAAGCGAAACUCUUUAUCAUUUCUUUGGUGAUCUUCAUCCCGUUCAUCACAUUUCUCAUGGGAACACAGUUGGAGUUGAAGAAAAUUUUGGAGCUCUGGAAGAAGCCGAUCGGCCCAUGCACUGGGAUGCUCUGUCAAUUCGGCAUCAUGCCGCUAGUUUCCUACUCAAUGGCGAAAUUCAUUUUGACUGAUGAGGAUGUUUCGAUUCGUUUAGCGCUUUUUGCUGCUGGAACAUGUCCGGGUGGAGGCAAAAGCUCUUUCUGGACGAUCAUCUGGGGCGGGAAUUUGGAUUUGUCGAUAUCGAUGACUUUUUCUCAGCAUAUAGCUGCUUUAGUGAUGAUGCCGAUUUGGAUUGGCACUCUGGGGAAAGAGUUCUCGACGAAAGACGUUCAAAUACCGUACUUUGACAUAAUAAAAGGCCUCAUCGCCUUGAUGAUCCCAACAAUCGCUGGGAUGAUCUUCAUCACGUACAAGCAACAUUUAUAUGUGAAGAUUCAGAAAUGGAUCAAACGAAUCGCUUGGGUGGCCACUUUCUUCUUUAUGGCCAUCAUGAUCUACUCGAAUUUCUAUAUUUUCUUUUUACUCUCAUGGAAAAUGGUGUUUUGCGCGUGUUUUCUCCCGUGGUCAGGGUACUUCAUUGCCCUGAUCGUGACGACAAUUUUCCGGAUGAACUACGCGGACAAGAUCACGAUCGCUCUCGAAACCGGCAUUCAACAUAUCAGCAUCGCCGUUGUGAUCAUGAUCUGGUCACUGCCCGAACCCGAGGUCGAUCUGGCUGUGGCGAUUCUCCUCGUCGGCAUGUUAAUGACAGAUAAACCACUCGUUGUCCUCUACGGAAUCGUGAAACUCUACAAGCGAUGCAUGAAAAAAGAGAAAACGGAGAAAGUAACGUCGAUUGAUGAAAAAAAGAAACUCCCACCCCCACGAUCAGAGCUGGAGCACCAAAAGCCUGCCGAAAAUGCC